AUGUUCCACCAGGUUAGAGUGGCACCUCAGGACACGGAUGCACUAAGGUUUUUAUGGUGGGAUGACGGGGACAUUUCAAAGGAACCCGUUCCACAUCGUAUGCGAGUUCAUAUAUUUGGGGCUGCAUCGAGUCCGUCUUGUGCUGCAUUUUGUUUGAAACAGACGGCGGUGAAAUUUGGAAACGAACACAAACCUAGAAUUUCAGAAAUUGUUAAUGAAGAUUUCUAUGUCGAUGACUGCUUGACAACUGCUGAAUCGGUCGAUGAAGGCAUAGAGAUUGUCAAGGAAUUGACACAAUUGAUGUCAAAAGGAGGAUUCAACUUGACUAAAUGGCUCACCAAUAAUGAUGAAUUACUGUCUAUGAUUCCAGAAGAAAAGAGAGCUAAAUGUGUUCAAAAUCAUGUCAUUGAUGGCAAUGUCAAAGAACGAGUUCUUGGUAUUCAGUGGAAUGUGGCAAAUGAUGAGUUUGGGUUCAAGGUUAAUAUUGCUGACAAACCAAAUACCAGGAGAGGUAUACUUUCAAUUGUAGCAUCUGUUUUUGACCCACUUGGUAUAGUGGCUCCAAUAACGCUACUUGCCAAGUUAUUGUUGCAAGAACUUUGCAAGCAAAAUUUGGGAUGGGAUCAAGAAAUUGCAGAUGAUGAUGCUGUUAAAUGGCGAAACUGGCUACAUCAACUGCAAAGCUUAGAACAGGUGAAGAUACAGCGAUGCUAUCAGCCAUUUGAUUUUGAAAAGUUGUUUCCUAUGAACUACAUCACUUUGCUGAUGGAUCAGAAUUAG